ACUGGCUUAAAGAAUUUGAUUGCCAAGUUGGGUUAAGACAUAAUGGUCAAUCUGUAAUUUUGCUUUUAAAUAAGUGUUCUAGUCAUAAGCUUGAUUUUUUAAAUCUACAAUAUGUAGAUAUUCAUUUUUUACCUACAAAUACAACCUCAAAAAUUCAACUGAUGGAUGCUGCUAUUCGAUAUACUAUUCAAGCUUGGAAGGAAAUUGAUGAUCUUGCUACAAUGAUUGAAAAUCUUUAUUUUUCAGAUCCUAUGCAAGUUAAGGAGUUUCUAUCUAUCUCUAAUAAAAAUAUUGUCUAUGAAAUUCCUGAUGAUGAUCAUACCAUUUCAGAGCUUAUAGAAAUUUUUAAGAAAAGCGAUGAUAUUGAAGAUUCAGAUGUUGUAGAUGUAGAUGAAAUGGAUGAUAGCCUGGAGGUUCCUAUGAUCAGUGCCAAUUCUGCUCUUGAAG